AUUUGAUGAAAGCAUCUUAACCAGGCAGACAUGGAGAUGAUGAGAUAUAAAACAGUGAUAAGAUUCCUCUUUAGCGCUGGGAUCUUCUUUCAAGCCUGCGAAUCAGAUGUGAGUUGCAGGAAUGACGAUGGAAACGAGGUCGACUGGUACAUCUUAUACAAGUUGCCCAACAAGAAAGACGGUGGUCUGUCAUAUCUGUACAUGGAUGAGAGCACCAAUGGUUGGAUACGCAGCAGAAAGACUAUCGACAGCAACUCUGGCACCCUGGCCCACACCCUGAAACCUCUUCUCGACUUCUACGACAGAAAGACGGAAGGAUUUGGAUAUCUGCUCCAUAACGAUCAGCCUCCACGACAAGUGAGAGCUGGUCCAUCAUAUGGACACAGUAAAGGAGUCGUAAUGUUGGACAGACGAACUGGAGUCUGGCUCUCACACAGCACACCAAAAUUUCCAACAUAUCGCAGUAAAGACUUCUGGCCUAAAAGUGGAAAUGCUAAUGCUCAAACAUUUAUAUGUGUCACUUACCCCUAUGCUACAUUCAAACAAAUAGGACUGCAGCUCAAAUACAUCCACCCUUAUUCAUUCGACUCUGACAUACCAACAACCUUUCCACCUGACCUGCGCUUUGUGGCACAGAGAACCCGCUACCAGAACAAUUGGCCCUUGGACAAUGUCAUGUUCAAGGUAGUGAACCUGACAUCGGUGAAAGGACAGAACUUCACCAGCUUUGCAAAAUACAGAACAUUUGGGGAUGAUAUUAACUCUGGCCUCAUUGUAAAUCACUUGAAGCAGGAUCUGUACGUCAAGAGCUGGGGAACUUUGAGUCGCCCUCUGCCUUCUAACUGCACCAUCCCUCACCAUGUGUACAAUGUGAAGAAGGUAAAACUUCCCGGCACGCAAACCUUCACCGACACUGUCGAUCACUCCAAGUGGAUUGUGACUGCUGACCGUGUCUGGACCUGCAUCGCCGACAUGAACAGGGAGGAGAGUCAGAAGGGCAGAGGUGGAGGAGCCAUAUGCAUCAAUGAUGCUUUGAUCGGUGAUGCUUUCUUCUCACUGAUCAGGGAGAGAGAGCCAUGUGACGGUGAACAUGCUGGUGAUCCACAAAGAGCUUUAACGGCACAACCCUCUGAAUUCAUUUUUUUAAAAAUUCAGGAAAAUGAAGUAACUUAUACAGAAAUUUGUUUUGUUGUACUGUAUGAAUUUGUAGAAAUUAUAUCCGAGUUUGUUUUACAGGGUUCCUGCCGGUUCUUAAAAAGUAUUAUAAGUAGAUAUACAUUUAGGGAAAAGCAAGACCCUUAAAAAGUCUUAAAUCUUUUUCACAUUCAAGACCCUUUACAUGUGUUGUUUUUUCGAUGUGAUAGCAUAUUUGGCCAAAGAUUUUGUUAAAAGUUUAUGUGAAUUCCUUUAUUCUAGUCCUCACAACAGCUUAGCAAAAAAAUGACCUUGCGUUCAAGCGGGGACGGGGCUCAAGCGGCGUUGCUAAGCAACGUUUGUCUCAGAGCGCGAGACUGCAGCGCGAUUAGCGCUUGUCAUUUUGUCAAAUCUUCCAUGUAGAGGACGGCUUGCUGCAAAUAUUGCGCUAUUAAUUAUUUAUAUUGCUGCAAAGGAAUAGGCAACAGGGAAGUGUAAAUUGGCAGAGUCGUGGUCGGAAAACGAGCAGUUCAAGCCCUGGUUGAAGCUCGUCGCUGGGAAUGACCGGGAGGAUUACUGUUCAGUCUGUAAAAAGAAAGUUAGUGUAGCUUCAAUGGGGAUCAAUGCUAUGCGGUCAUAUAUGCAAGGCGCUAGCCACAAAUCCAUUGCGGAACGCAGACAGCGGUUGUCCAUCGAUCAUUGGGCAACACCUUCCUCGGCUAACGUUAUUACACCACCCAGUACGAGUACAACAGCUGAAGCUAAUAACGUUAACAUUACUGCUAGUGUUGCUAACUUUACUCAGUUGCCGCCGCUUCAACUUCUACAGACCACAGAGUGACGCUGGGAGCCACACCACCGCUGCACGCACAAGUGUUGUGGUGUCUCGACACAACAGUAAAACACAAUUCUCUCACGUCCAUUGAAGGAAUUUCAGCAGAAAAAACGCACUGAGCUGGUGCAAACCGAAAAGUUGGAAUCCAGGAAACCAAAGCAACUGAAUGGAGGCACAGGCCAUGACUCGUAUUUGUAAGGAGUGAGCAGUCCCACAGCUUAGUCAGUUUCAUCCAUCUUCAAAGUUGGUUUCAUCCCUGUUCAAAGUUUCCAUAAGAACAUUUCUGAGUUCUAUUAUUAUUUCAUAAUACUGGGAGAAUGGGGCAGAUGGUAAUUUUCUUCAGGUGAGAAAACAGACUAGUUUCCCUGUGUAUGUCAGUUGAAAACUUUGUUGCACUAAAGACAUGCCACAUGGUGGCUCUUUUUGAGAAAGUUAUUGCAUAUCAGUGACAAUUUGGAUCUUAUUUGUUAUAUUUAUGCUGCAAAAAAGUGUUAUUAUUUCAAGUAUUGUAAAAGUGCCUAUUGCAGAGUUAACUGAACCAUUUCCUGCUCAGUUUGUCUGUGCAGUGUUUCUCACACCACAAGUAGAUUCUGAUCUAGCCUCUUAAUUUUUCUCGCACCAGAGAAAAGUGCACCAGAUUGAUGCAUCUUUACUUCAAAAUGUACUAAAUCUUCUUCCAAAAAGGGUCCAGGGUCAAUCCAUCAUAAUCUCUCCAAAUCCUGUGGGAAACACUGUUGUGUGCAUGUGUGAGUGAGUGAGCAUGUUAUUGUUAUAAAUAAACUGUGGGUUUUUUUCAUUAAAAUUGUGCCUUUUGGCUUAGUAACUCAAUUUAUUAUUUUGAGCUUCAUUCCCUUGUGGCCUAUCUGAAUUAUGUUGUGUUGAUACAGUGCUCCAUAGUAGUUCUGACAAACUAACACUUAAUUUUGCAAUCUCAAACUCAAUUGGGUUAAAGGUGUGUUGCUGAUGUAACCGGUUACAGCUCGUAGUGGCGCUGGGGUCUUGAAAAAUAUUAGAAGGGUCUUGUAAAAUAUUGAACUUAAUCUCAGGAUUGCUGCAUAUACCCUGUUUUAGUG